AGUUAAUGUCACACAAUCAGCUGAUUUAUUUAUUGUUUUGGUUUUACUAAUUGCUACCUAUAUUCGGGUUAAUCAUUGUUUUACAUGUUUAAUUUAAAUGAGUAGCGACUCCGAAGAGUUGGAAAUAAAGAUAGAAUACAAUGAGUCUUUCGAACGGGACCCCUUAAGCGACAGAUGUUUUAAAAAUGCAAAACUAAAUUUACAAAUAGUAAACUCUGAAGACAAUAUUUCAAUAUCCAGUGUAGAAGAGAAAAAUGAAUUACUUACCGGGGAAAAGACAAACAGUCAUUGUAAAGUCAAGUGUGAAUCUUAUAGUCAUGAAACAUCAAAAAACGCUGCUACCUGGUACAAAAAUAUUGAUGAAUUUGGCAGAUACUUGUGCAGAUUUUGCGAGCUGUCAUACUCCACCGUUCAAACACUACGACAUCAUACUAAAAUUAAACAUGCCAAAGAUGCUGAAAACUUAAAAAAUAUAAUAGCAAAUAACAAGAGGAACAGUAAAAUAAAAUGUCACAUCUGUAAAAAGAGAUUUCAGUCAUUAAAUAACUUGGAAGAUCAUGUUAAAGACCAUGAUAUAAAGGAUUUAGAGUCAUCAUGCCAGUUCUGCAAAGCGAUGUUCGACGAUAAGCAUCAAAUGUUACAACAUUUACUAUACAAACAUAAUAUUCCAAAUACUAAGUUCUACUCCUGUGACACGUGCGGCUAUAGGACUUUAAAACUAUCACAUUUCAAGCAACACAAAAGUACGCACUCAGUUGAGAAAAGCAUAAAAUGUGGCCACUGUGAUUACGCAACAAAUUAUUUACCAAAUUUGAAAAUCCAUGAAAGAUUACAUAGAAAUGAUAAACCGUAUGUUUGCGAGUUCACUGGUUGCGUUUACAGUUGUUCAGCAAAAUCAGCAUUGAGGAGUCAUCAAUUAAAACAUAAUCCUGAGAAACACAUGCUGUAUUGUGAUAAAUGUAGCUACAAGACAGUGUAUAAACAAUCAUUGAAGAAACAUACAGAUAGUCAUGUAAGAAACAGUGUUAGAAUGAAAUUAUAGGAAGGAAUAUCUCCUAUGUACAAAAAUAUAAUUAUUUUUAUAUACUA